AUGGCGUUACCUCCAGCGGUCCGCUUUCUGGCGAUUGGCACUAUGGUUGUCUUCUGCUAUCUCUGUGUCCAAAUCUUCCGAGCACCAUCAAGUCUGGCCGCUGGCGGCAAGGAUGCCGUCAAGUUCAGCGACAUGCCCAGGGAUCCCAACCUUGAUCCUACUGGAGAACCACCGGAACCGCUUCACCGAGUCUCUGGCAACAACUAUGCCCCCGACAACGCAAACUCGAAUCGCAUCAAUGCUACCAUCCUGUCGCUUGUGCGCAAUGAAGAGCUGGACGGUAUUCUACAAUCUAUGCGCGAUCUAGAGCGUACUUGGAACCACAAGUUCAACUAUCCCUGGACUUUCUUCAAUGAUGUUCCCUUCACCGAGGAUUUCAAGAAGGCCACACGUGCCAUGACCAAGGCCCAAGUACGCUACGAGCUCAUCCCCAAAGAGCACUGGGAAGUCCCUAGCUGGAUCAACCAAGACCUGUUCCGCGAGAGUGCAAAUGUCCUCAAGGAGCACGAUGUCCAAUACUCGCACAUGCUGAGUUACCACCAAAUGUGCCGCUGGAACUCUGGCCUGUUCUACAAACACUCCGCCCUCAAGGAUAUGCAAUACUACUGGCGCGUCGAGCCUAAAGUCCACUUCUUCUGCGACGUCGACUACGAUGUCUUCCGCUUCAUGCAAGACCGCAACAAGACCUACGGCUUCACUAUCAACCUCUACGACUCCCCUCAAUCCAUCGCAACACUAUGGCCCGAAACUCUCAAGUUCCUGGCCUCAAAUGCUCAGCAUCAACACCCCAACAACGCCAUGAAAUGGCUCACCGACAAGGAGCGCAGACCAGAACACAAUCUUCAAGCCAACGGCUACAGCACCUGCCACUUCUGGAGCAACUUUGAGAUCGCAGACAUGAACUUCUGGCGUUCCUCUGCCUAUGAAGAAUACUUUGAGCAUCUCGAUCGUGCUGGAGGUUUCUUCUACGAACGCUGGGGUGAUGCUCCUGUCCACAGUAUCGCAUUAGGACUCUUUGAAGAUGCACGCAAGAUCCAUUGGUUCAAGGAUAUCGGUUAUCAACAUAUUCCUUUCUUCAACUGUCCCAACUCUCCAAAGUGUAGGGGUUGUGUUACUGGACGGUUUACGGAUGGUGAGAAGUGGCUGCACAGAGAAGAUUGCCGUCCCAACUGGUUCAAAUAUGUUGGCAUGAGUCCUGAAUGGGCUGUUCAAGAGUAG